AUGCAAAGUGCUCCAGAUGGCGAUUACAACUUUAUUUUCGUUUACCAGGAUCACCUCACAAAAUUCGUCUCGUUGAGGGCUCUGCGGACAAAAACGGCAAAAGAAAUAGUCGAAAACAUCGUAUCGAUUUUUGGAACCUUUGGCCCUCCACAAAUUCUUCAGACAGACAAUGGCAGAGAGUUUGCAAAUAAACUCUUGGAAGAAGCUGUCGCUCAAUGGCCUGGUUGCAAGAUCGUUCACGGGAAACCGCGCCAUUCGCAAUCACAAGGAAGUGUAGAGCGAGCAAACGCGGAUAUCGAGGAUAUCCUGAGCGUUCAUCAAAGAGAAACAAAAACUACCGAGUGGGCCCGAUUUUUGCCCUUGAUUCAAUAUCGUAAAAACAUCAGAUAUCAUUCCGCGAUUACUAAGGAAGAAGUUUUGUCAGACGACGACGAAAUCCAGCAAACAAGUGCCUACGAGGAGGAGAAAACGCUUCAGGAAGAUAAUUCUACUCGUUACGCCGAUCUACGACCUGUAAAAGCUUCAUGGACUCAAUUGAGAGUGGUGUUGAGAAAUUUCCUGAAUUCGCAAAUCAGAGGAAUAAUGACGCCGACUUUCAACUUGGGAUUGUUGGUCAAAUGCUUGGUGUUCAAAAAGAUGAGGAGCAAGCGGAAAUCGAUUGUCUACACGAUUCGAUUA